GAUGCUCGGUAACCUCUACGGUGGAUUGCCUUGUGUGCUGUGGACAAGGUUAAGGACGAGUGAAUCUGGAGUUCAUGUAUCAUUAUCAAACACAAGCUUGUGGAAGGGGUGGGUGUGGCUGGGAGAAAAUGUUAAACAGGAAGGGAAGAAGCUGGAUCACCACAAACGCCAUGGAGGAGAAGCCCACAAAUUGGAUCUCACGAGUUCCACCACCACUCCUCGCCGCCGUCCAUGCUCCGACGUCAGCAGGGCCAGCAAGACGGCGACUUCCACUGGCUGUAAGCCAUCAAAGCUUUGCAUGCGUGAGGCUGGGUUGAUGUUGACUUAAUCAAUCUCUCUGCUGGCGAGGACUUCCUA